AUGCAAGCGCCUUUCCAGGCAGUCGCGGAAGCCAGGAACGCCCUGCAAGAGUCGCAGGCGAGAACCCUGCUGCGCGCAAUCAUGUGGGACUCUUUGCAGGACGUGUGGACAUGGGUGCUCAACUGCACAUACGCUAUGGUCCUGUACCCCAUCGGCGUGCUCAGUCUGCUGUGGAUCGCGCCCACGCUCGCGGUGCUGCGCCGCCUCUGGCGCAUGGUCAGCUGGGAGAGGAGCGUCAGGGGGAAGGCGGUGGUCAUCCACGGGGCGUCCAGCGGCAUCGGAGAGCACAUCGCGUAUGAAUUCGCGAUGCGUGGCGCGAACCUGGUGCUCGCGGCCCGGCGCAUGGAGCGACUGCAUAAGGUGACCGAGAACUGCUUCCUCCUGGGGGCCUCUGACGUCACCAUCCUGGAGGCUGACGUUCAGAAGGAGGCCGACUGCAAGAAGAUCAUCGACCGGGCGGUGGACAAAUACGGCACAGUCGACAUUUUGGUGAACAACGCGGGGGUCGCGCACAGCUUCCUGGUCGCGGACGCGCCCAACUGGAGCCUCGACGCCGCGCGCGAGGUUAUUAACACCACGUUCUGGGGCCACGUGUACCCGACGUACUACGCGCUGCCGUACCUGAGGGCGACCGGCGGCCAGCUGCUCAACAUCAUCUCGGUCGCCAGCUUCAUCCCGUACCCGCGCAUGGGCAUCUACAACGCGGCAAAACACGUGGCGCUGGGGUUCUUCGACACGGUCCGCGCGGAGGCGGCGAAACACACGGCCCUGGGGUUCUUCGACACCCUGCGCGCGGAGGCGGCGAAACACGUGGCGCUGGGGUUCUUCGACACGGUCCGCGCGGAGGCGGCGAAACACGCGGCGCUGGGCUUCUUCGACACGCUGCGCGCGGAGGUGGGCAGCAGCGUUACGGUGACCAACGUCCUGCCGGGCUGGGUGGUGUCCGAGAUGACGGAGGGCAAGUUCCUGGACGAGCACGACCAGUACGCGUGGGACCAGGGCCUCCGUGACGAGCACGUGGGCCCCUGGCCGGUUCUGCCCACCAAGGACCUGGCCGAGAUCGCGGUCCGUACCGCCCUCAAGCGCGAGCGCGGCGUCGUGGUGCCCUUCUGGUACACGGUGUUCCUGUACUACCGGAUCUUCGCCCCCGAGGUGAUGGACUUCGGCUUCCGCCUGCUUAUCCUGCCACGUGGCGAGCAGCCGGCGCCCACCAAGAAGAUCGUCCAGAUGGCGGGCCACGAUACGUUCAACAUCCCGGAGCCGGGGACGCAGAAGAGGUCCACCGAGGAGCUCAAAAUGACCUGAGGAAGUGGGGAGGAAUUGCGGAGAGUAAAUGUGUGUGGAGGAACUUGGCAGUAAGUUCGAGACUGGUUUUGGAGGAGCCCAGAAUGACCUGAGGAAGUGCGGGGG